UCAGCUGUUGCAAACAGAUGAUUUUUAAGGUCCUUUCCAACCCAAACCUAUGAGUCCUAUGAGUCCGUAGGAUUUCCAGCAUCCAGGUUACCCAAAACUCGGAGCAGCUGGUGCGGUGCUCGGGGGGAUUUGGGGUUCACACCCUGCCUGAGCCCCGGGCGGAGCCGGCGGGCGCGGUGAUCGCGGCAGCGGCCAGACAGCGCUGGGUGUCCCGAGUUCCCUCGAGCCGGGGCAGCCCGGGAGCGGGGCGGGCAGCGCGGGUGGGCAGCGACCCCAAACGCCCCGCUGCCGUUCAGAACCGACCCCGAGGCCUCCGGGCACCUCCGGGUGACGCUGCCCCGACCCCGGCUCGGAGCCCCCGGCCCGGCUCGCCCGCAGUCCCGCGGGCGUCGCGUCCCCGCCCCGCGGUCCCGUUCCGCAGGGCAGAGCCCCCAGCAUCCCGGGGCUGCCCUGCCCCUCACAUGGGCGGGCGCCGCAGGGUUCGUCCCUCGGCUGCCGCCCCUCCCGUCGGGGCGGGGAUGGGACACGUCGUUUUCCGGAAAGCCCAGGCCGUAGUUUCGUUUCUCCGAGCCCAGGUUUGUUUCGGGCUCUUGGGGCUGCGGACGGGGCGAUGGCGGCGCUGGAGUCGGAGCCGGGCCUGUCGGGGCUGGAGGAGGAUCUCACCUGCUCCAUCUGCCUCUGCCUCUUCAGCAGCCCCGUGACGGUGCCCUGCGGGCACAACUUCUGCGCCUCCUGCCUGGAGCUCAGCUGGGCCGGCCUCUCGGGGGGCUUCAGCUGCCCGCAGUGCCGGGCCACCUUCGCGGCCCGCCCGCAGCUGCAGAAGAACACGGUGCUGUGCCGGGUGGUGGAGCAGCUCCAGGGCCACUCCGGGGCCAAGGGCGAGGAAGAGGAGGAGAAUGAGGGUGGGCAUGGGGAGGGGGGGGGGUGCUGGGCGGGGGAGCCCCCCGUGUCCUGCGACAGCUGCCAGGAGGCGCCGGCCGUGCAGACCUGCCUGACCUGCACCGCGUCCUUCUGCGCCGAGCACCUGCGGCCGCACCGCGACAGCCCUGCCUUCCGCGACCACCAGCUCUGCCCGCCCCUGCGCGACCUGCAGCUGCGCAAGUGCCCCCAGCACAACAGGCUCUUCGAGUUCUUCUGCAGCAAGCACGGCGUCUGCAUCUGCUCCCUCUGCCUGCUCGGGCACAAGCUGUGCCCCACCAGCCCCUUGGAGCAGGCAAAAGCCACUGCCCAGUCGUUGCUGAAGAAAAAACUUGUGGAGCUGCAUAACCAGGGUGAAAGAACUGCCCGGGCAAUGAGCACGGUGAAAACAAAACAGAACCAAUCUGCUGAGACAGCUUCAAGAAAGAAGGAAUUGAUCAGAAAUGAGUUUUCAGAAGUUAAAGCUGUAAUUGAAGAAAGAGAAAAUGAGAUCAUGAAAGCAAUUACAGAGGAAGAAAAGAGAGUUUGGAAUAAGUUUGAUUAUAUUUACAGUGUUCUGGGAAAUAAGAAGAAUGAAAUUCAAUCUCUCAAAGAUCAGAUUGAGAUGGCACUGACUGAAAGUGAUGAUGUUCUAUUUUUGAAGAGAGCAGCAGCAUUGCAACAAACAUCAACAAAAGAGGCUUAUGUUCCUGUAGUUGAAAUGGACCCAAAUGUGAUGCAUUCCACUUACCAGUCUGCCAUUACCCUCAAAGACAUAGUGAAAACAUCAGUAAUUCAGAGUCGGGAGAAAAAAGAAGAAGCCAAACCGUUGCAGCCAAAAAUUAAGGCCCCUCCAGCAGCUAAUCCAAACAAACCGUUUGUUGGAAAAAAGCCUCAUGGACCACACCAGACCCACAAAGAGAAAACCGCUCCCCAGGCUCAAAUCACUUCGCAGGGGGAGACAGAUACCACCAAAGAGAAAAAGAAAGCUGCUAAAGUUGCACCAACCACCACACCAACCGCCACAGCUGCUGCUGCUGCUAAAGAGCUGCUAGACAGCUUCCUGAAGAAACCCAGAGAGGAGCUCUUGCAGUAUGCUGCUAAUAUCACGCUGGAUUACAACACGGCUCACAACACCGUGGUUCUGGCUGAAAACUACACCAGGAUGUCCAUCUCGGACACCGUCCCAGGUCACAAGUACCACCCGCAGCGCUUCACCGAUUACCGCCAGGUGCUGGGCUUCCAGUGCUUCAAGAGAGGCGUCCACUACUGGGAGGUGGAGCUGCAGAAGAGCAGCUUCUGUGGCAUCGGCGUCUGCUACGGCAGCAUGGAGCGCCAGGGCCCCGAGAGCCGCCUGGGCAGGAACAGCAAGUCCUGGUGCAUCGAGUGGCUCAACUCCAAAAUAUCAUCCUGGCACAACGACGUGGAAAAGAGCCUGCCCAACACAAAGGCUACCAAGAUAGGGGUGCUGCUCCACUGCGAGGGGGGCCUUGUGAUUUUCAUGGCGGUGGGGGAGAAGAAUAACCUGAUCUAUAAAUUCAAAGCCCAGUUCACUGAGGCCUUGUACCCAGCCUUCUGGCUGUUUUCCAGUGAUGCUGUUCUCUCUCUCUGUCACAUGAAAGCAUAAGGUCUUGUAUCUCAGUUUAGUUCAUUUACAGCGCAGAUAAUCUGUGUCAAAUACUGACUAUUUGAUACAAAAAUUAUAAUCUCUUUUAAGCAGUUUAGGAAAUCUGCCAGUUCUUUGGUCUGAAUUGCUAAAGCCUUUAGAUAGUGAUUUAGGAAAAAGUUGGUGAUGGUAAAAACUACAAUGGUUUGCACAGGUCUUGAUUGACCUGAAAUCAAAGUUACGAUGUAAAUCCUUGUUAAAUGUUUUCACUGGCCCCUGUGGCUUCUGUGGUUUCCUGUAAAGGAGCAACAGAAUUAAUGUGCUCACGGGUAACAAUAACCCCUCUGAGAAAGAAACAGGAAGAGUUCCUUGACAAAUUCAGGCUUUGAGGAAGGUCUCACUGUUGCCUUUUUGCCCAUGCACAGACUGUUGUCCAUACAGGUGUUCUCAGUGUAGGACUCCACCAGAUGCUACAGAAAGAGCUGUUGAAAUCCCUAAGUUCAAGUCUUAUGGCUGUAAGUUAUAAAAGCCACUAUGACAAAUCUCAUCAGAAUGGAACUGCAGGGACUUCUAGAAUUGAUGGGAAAUAAAUGGUACUAGAAUCACCAGGAAACAAAUGACAUCAGGCCAGACACUGUGAAUACACCAGAGAGUUGUCAGGAAAACAUCCUGCAGAGCAGUGGUGUGCAUGCUGUGAUGAAGAGUGUGGGAUGAAGCAUUGUGUGUCAUCUUCUGACCCAGAACAUGCUUCACAUCUUCACACUGAAGGCUCUUCAGUGCUGGGUUUUUUUGUGUGUGCUGAGGAGUUCAGGGCGUGCAUUCCUGCCCUCAGGGUCUCCUGUCAUAAAGCUUUUCCUCUUUAUGAGGUGGGAUAUUCUCUGCUGGUGUACCUUUUGUUGUUCAGGUGGUAGAAACUGGAUUUUCUGCAUGUUUUUGGGACUCCAAUUUGAGGAGUCUCAAGACAGAGUGCAAGUACUUGGAAAAUGCUGGUUCCUCUCUGCAUGAAGCCUGUGGGCAGACAGGGUGAGUCUUUUAACAUACAGUGAAUUAGCACAAAGGAGAAUAUACAUCUGUUCUUCUGGGAUGGAUUUUUAAUUCUCCUGGUGUUUUUUGGGUUGUGGUAUGUCUUCAGAAGUUCUCACCAGGUACAGAGAAAUCUGUACUUCUUACUUACAACUUUAAAACAAUCUGUAGGCAAUCAAGGUAUUUGGAUCUCAUAGUUAUUGGGCCUGUACCUUGUUGGUGCCUCUGAACUUACUGUGCCAGCUUUUAUUUCUUGUAGCCCAUGGGAAGCUCACACAAGAGCCUUCCUAGACUUGGAUUUCUAAAACUGCCCUUACAGGACUUGGUGAAACAGAACACAAAGUCACUGCUGGCAGUUUGGCAGGGAAUUGUUAGAAGGUUUAAAAGAACCUCUGUGACUACAUUCCACAUUAGCCAAAGUGCUUUGGAGAGAGGCUUUCAGGAAUUCAGGCUUGGGUCUAUUUUUACUUGGUUUGUAAACUCUUAGUACUUUGUCAAGGAUAGCACAAGUCUAAUUUCUUCCUGUUUUUUUUUGGUCAGAAUAGGAUAUGGAAUUGAUGGUGGAUCUAAAAGUGCCAUGGCUGUCUUUGGAGCAGUUCUACUCUCUGAAGGGUCUCCACUUUCCAAAGAACAGUCAGCACUGAAACUCUCAGCCUGAGCAGAAUGCUGCAAAAGGUGCAGAAGGAGGCUGUGUCCUGCUGGGAGCCAGCAAUGGGUGACAAACUGGGUUUUCUGCUCAGUUCUUUCAGUUUUUCAGCAGUGAAAGAUAAGAGCAGUUCCCUCUGAGAAAGCCUUCUGCUCCUUGGCUGUGCCACAGGGCUGCAGAUGCACUCAGCAGGGUGCUGAAGGAGUACUCUGUCCCCUUGGUUGUGGGCAAAAACGUGCUCCAGCAGUCUGUGCAGUGGAGAAAGUCCCCAUCCUCCGUUCGUUGCUUCUUGACUUUAAAGAGGUGUCAGUACUGCCCUCUGAGUCUGUGGGCUUCUGUGGCCAUAGUCUGGAGGGACACCCAAACAAAGUAAAGAGCAGCUUUUGUUCUGCCUCGUUGGACAAAGUGGGAUUCUUGACAUGGGACACUGGUGUAGGACCAAGCAUGUGGAACACAUGAGGUGCCCUGCAUUACCAGGCAGUGAAACAAGCCUUCUACUGGGCCCCUGAUCCUCUGCUUUGCUUCUUUGUGCUAUGAAUGACUAGAAGUCAUAGAGUGAAGUUCUGUUAAUUUGGAACUCACAGAAUCACAGAAUAUUCUUGGUUGAAGGGGACUCACAAGGAUCACUGAGUCCAGCUCUUGAGUGAAUGAUCCAUAUGGGGAUGGAAAUGAGGACCUUGGCAUUACUAGGACCAAUCUCUGGGUGUCUGAGAAAUGCUUUGGUUAGCUUCAGGUAUCAUGCAUAUUUGGGAACAUUAGUGUGAUACAACUUUUAUAACUAAUAAUAAAUAUUAGUGUGUUUAGGAGAAAUACUAGUUACUGCAUGAUAAAUGAUCAUUUUAAAGCCUUUUCAACACAAUUGAAGUGGUUUUACUCGGGCAGUACCUGUAAGAGCUGCACUGGUUUUAGACAAGACAUAUAUAGGAGCACGUAUUUUAAUUGUAAUUCUCUAUUUAGUAUUACAAAGAAAGCAACUUAGUCUAGAAAAGAACUAAUUCUGGAGUUAACACCCUGAGAAUGUGCAUUGAUUUGCAUUUUAAUAUACAAAUGAGAGUAAAUUAAAAAAAACAGUUGCUGAAUGAAAAUAAAUGAAUGUUUAAUCUUUUCUUCAAUUAAAGACAUCAGUAGAGCAGUGUAUUUAGAAAAAUACAUGCUUAUGCAGUUAUAAAACUGUUGAUUAUACUGAUGAUAUCAGCCCUGUACUUCAGUCUGUAUACAGUGUUAUUGUUUGUAGCUGUGCCAGCCACACACAGGCAGGGCCACCACCAUAGAUUUUGUGCCACCACCUUGGAUUUUGUGCCACUUGGUCCCUGUGCCUGUGACCACUGCAGGAGCUGGCUGGUUACUGGUGAUGGCUGGAAUUCAAUAAAGACUCUCAGUAAACCCUAA